UCCAGUGGAGUGGACGCCAUCCGCGUGAAUCCGGCGAGCGCGCCAAGCCUGGUCAAGCCAGUCAAGACCGCCGCCGUCGCUGUCUCUCUCGCACUCACGGGGCGAGAGAGGCCGAGCGACGUAAUGCCGUGCGGAAUGAGUGUGCUUGCUGACUCCACGGCUGGGAGAGGGGGAAGCCUCCGCGGUCCGUGGCGGUGCCCGCGGUGCCCGCCGGACUGUCGGACGCCGGCCAGUCUGUCUGUACGUGUGCCCCAACGUGUAUGUGCCGCGCAUGUGAGUGACUCGGGGGAGUGUUGGGGUCGUCCUGGUCCCUAAGCCGCCGGUCCCUCCCCGGGUGACGGCGACAGCCUUCUUGGGGGAGUCCGUCGCGGGCCCUCCCCGCCCCUUCUGCCCCGGCACGCCGUCGGCGCGAUGCUGUCUCGGAGCGCUAGCCACAAGUGAGGGGCGGUUUUCUGCCUCCGAACCUCAGUCACGCUCGGCGUCCGUCUGGUCGGCCCGGUGGUCCGGUCCGCAGCUUAGCGCCGGUCACUCCACUCGCACUGCAGCAGCCGGUGCCGGUAGUGAGGCGCUAGGGCGCUAGGCCCUUGUCAACAACGCGCCGUCUGCUUUCGCCCCCGCCGACACGAAUCGCGAUGGCCCGACUCUGCACGCUGUGGCUGUGCCUGGCCGCCAUGGCCUCCAUGGCCGCCGCCUCCGCGCAGCGCUACCCCGCCACGCAGUACCCCAUCUACUACGCGCACACGCAGCCGCCCCCGCAGGCCGCGCUGCCGCCGCAGGUCACGGGCUACUCGGGCUACUCGGGCGCCUGGAGGCCCAGCGAGCAGCAGGCGUACACCCCGCAGCAGCAGCAGCAGUACUAUGAGCAGUACUACCAGCCGCAGCAGCCGGUGGCGCUGGCGCUGGAGCGCUCCGCGGGGCCGGCGCCAGCGCAGCAGGGGCAGCAGGCGGUGCAGCUGCAGCCCUUGCCGCCGGCCGUGCCGGGCCAGCAGCCCUUGACGCCGGAGCAGGUGGCGCUGCGGGAGGCGCAGACGCAGCAGGAAUGGACGCAGACCGUGGACAACAUCAUCGCCCGCGGCGUGCUGGAGCUCUCGCUGAGCCUCGCCAAGGCCGUGGAGGAGGACGGCGACCUGGCCGGCCAGGUGUCCAACGUCGUCUUCUCCCCCGUCAACGUGGCGUCCGCGCUCGCCCUCGUGCUGGCCGGCUCCAACGGCACCACGUUCUCGGAGAUCGCCAAGGUGCUGGGCAUCGCGACGGGCGUCAACGUGCUCUCCAACAGGGAGCGCGUGCACCGGGAGUUUGGCCGAUUCCUGAACCAGCUGGAGACGAACUCCGCCCUCGUGAAGGCGGGCAACACCUCGUCUGGCGGCAACCAGGUGAUCUUCGCCAACGGCCUGUUCGUGCAAAACGAGUACAACAUCCAGCAGCAGUUUGCCGGCAUCGCGCAGGCCUACCGUUCCCAGGUCAUCCCCGUCGAGUUCGCGCGCGAGCCCGGCCGCACCAAGGACAGGAUCAACAACUGGUUCUCCGAGCACACCAUGGGCCGCAUCCGCUCCGUGCUGUCCGAGGCGCCGCCCACCGACACCAAGCUCAUGAUCGCCAGCGCGCUCUUCUUCAACGGCGCGUGGGAGGCUCCCUUCCCGUCCGAGGCCACCAUGACUCGGCCGUUCUACGGCGCGAGCCCCAACGGCAGCCUGGAGGCCUUCGCCGUGCGCAUGAUGACCAACAACAUGGACCUGCCGUACGCCGCCGACCGCGCACUGGGCUGCCGGCUGCUGGAGCUGCCGUACAAGGGCCGCGACGUGUCCAUGUUCCUGGUGCUGCCCGACGCGCAGGGCGUGGACGAGCUGCGCGCCCUGGAGCGGCGCCUCAACUCGGACGUCCUGGAGCAGCUCAUCGCCUCGCGCAAGGACGCGCCCGUCAUCUACUCCGUGCCCAGGAUGAAGCUGGAGCGGUCCAUCAGCCUGCGCACGGCCCUCGAGACGCUCGGCGUGCGCUCGCUGUUCGACGAGAACCUGGCCGACCUGACGCUCCUCAGCGACUCCGUGGUGCAGCGGAGUCCCGUCCCCGCGGCCGCACCGGCGAGCCAGGCGAGCCAUGCAGCCCCCGCCGCUGGUGGUGCUGCCGGGGGGGCCGGCCACGCCGCGGGCCCGGCACCACCACCAGCCGCUAGCACCCCGUCCGUAGCCGCACCGGCCGCGCAGGCCAAGCCGCCCAAGCCCACGACCAGGAGGCCGGCCGGCGAGAACAGCAUCGGAACGUCGAACGGCGAGAACCUGUACUUCUCGAGCAGGCUCAGCGAGCUGGCCGCCAACAACUCGGUGCAGCCCGAGGGGCACCCCGACGGGCAGCCCAUCGUGGACCGGUGGGGAGCCCCGCAGCAGCAGCUGGCCGCGCGCCUCUACGCCGACGACGUCCUGCACAAGGUGGAGGUGGAGGUGACGGAGACGGGCACGGUGGCCUCGGCGGCCACGGCCAUCACCAUCUCGCGCGACGGCUCGAACCACGUGAUGCGCUUCAACCGGCCCUUCCUCUUCUUCAUCCGCCACAACGCCACCAAGCUGGUGCUGUUCUACGGCAGCGUGGUGCGGCCCAUGCCCGACUGGAUCGUCCCCGGCGUGGACGUGAGCAAGCUGCCGCCCCAGCGGCCCAGCACCGCCCAGGGCGGCAACAACCGCCGUCCCCCGCCGCCCGCCGCGUCCUCGUCGUCGCAGGGCGCGCAGCAGGGCUCGCAGGGCCGGCGGCCCGCCCCCGCCAGGCACCCCGUCGACGCCACGACGCCGCGGGCCGGCGCCAACGGGUAGGACGGGGGCGCGGACGUGGACGAGGACGCGAUAGUGUUUCCGGACUACCCGAUGUGAACUGAGACCAAGACCGACAAAUCGCAAAGGCUGUGAGUGGCUCUGUGAGGCCGCGGUGACGCCGGUUCGCCGCGGCGCAAGGCCUUAUGUCCGCGCAGCGUCCGCCCCGCCCGCGCAGUGUCCGCCCCCGCCCCGCUAAGGCGGCUGGGACGAAUGUGGAGUGAAGUGCGUCCUGCGCCCUGCCCUGCUGCCAGUCGGGGAGGCGAGCCGGGGCACCCGUGGGCCCCACGCAGACGCAGGGGUUGACGGCCUCGGCGGCACGCCAACGCCAGUUCGCCAGCCACAAGGAAAGAACACGCCCGCCAACUGAAAACGGGAACCUGCAGCCUGCGGGGUGCCCUGGCUGUACUUUCUUCCUAAUUUUAAUUUCCGAGUGUCGAUUCUCCGCCUCGCCACGUCCGACUGUAAAUGAAGGCAGGCGGGAGAAUCUCUGGUGUUGUGUAGGCAGAGGAGGCUCGGUCGAAGUACGAUGACGAGUCCGCCCGCCCCACUGCCAAAUCGUGUCUACGACGCUUUUUAUUGUUCUUCCAGCAGGCAUCUGACUGUUAACGACAGGCAGACAUGGUGCCUCGAAUUUGUGAUCUUUUUUAUAGUUAUCUAAGUGUAUGUGCAAUAUGGUAAUUCUUUGUUUUUACGAUCGUUACUGUCUUCUUUAAGUAGUUUGAUUACGACUUUUGCGAAAUAGCCUAAAGGUCGGUUGACUUUGUUGAAGAGUAAUAAAUUAAUUCCCAUUUUAAACA